GGUGACGUCAGAACUAAGUUACGUCUUGGCCGCGCGGUUUAUUGACGUAAAAGCAAGGUUUGCCAUCAUGGCGACGGAAGGCGAGAGGAGCGGCAAAGAGGAGCUCAGAGAGCUUUCAGCCAUAGAGGCUGCCAAGGCUCCCACGCUACCUCUUCCAGAGAUGUCAGACGAAAACGGCUGCACGGACUCGGCCACUGAGGCCUUUGCGCAUGCAGACCCUGCUUCCUUCUCACUCCCUCCAACCACAGAGGACGAGGCAGGCGAUUUGCCAGAGGACUUUGAACGUCUGUGGAAUGCUGCACAUCACAACUAUCAAGACUUCACCAGUUGGACUGACCUGUUGCAAUACUGUGAGCAAGAGGGCCAUGUUGCAGCAUCCCAAAGAGCCCUAAUGGCCUUCCUCGGACGCUAUCCACUCUGCUAUGGUUAUUGGAAAAAAUUUGCUGAUUUGGAGCGUCGUGCGGGGAACAAUGAUAAAGCAGCUGAGGUGUGUGUUCAAGGCCUUCAGUCAAUCCCUUUGAGUGUUGAUCUGUGGAUCCACUACAUUAAUCUGCUGUUGGGAACACUGGACAUGAACCAGCAAGAGUCACCUAAGCGCAUUCGCAGUGUGUUUGAGGACGCGGUUGAAGCAGCAGGCCUGGACUUCCACUCGGACCGGCUUUGGGAUCUGUAUGUCGAAUGGGAAAAGGAACAAGGCAACUUGAGGAAUGCUACAGCUGUGCUAGAUCGAGUCCUCAAAGUUCCCACGCAGCACUACAACACGCACUACGAAAAGUUCAAGGCCCAUCUGAGCAGCAGUGAGCCCAAGGAAGUGCUUUCUCUGGAGGAGUAUGAGGAGGUGAGGGCCUUUUGCCAGGAGACUCAGAAAGUGGAGCGUGCCGAACAGGCCAAGGAGAAAGAAAAGGAGAUGCCCCCCGGGGAGGAAGAACCUUCCACACCCGAGGGCACAGACUCGGAGGAGCUGAUGCAGAGGAUGAGAGAACAAGUGUUGGUUCGCCGGGACAAAAUUUACCAGAAGAAUGAAAGUGAAGUUCGCAAGAGAUGGAACUUUGAAGACACCAUCAAACGUCCUUACUUCCAUGUGAAGCCGCUUGAUCAAAUCCAGCUGCGUGGUUGGCACUCCUACCUGGACUGGGAGCUCGCCCAACUGAGCCAAGACACUGUUCACCGUAACGAAGACGCAGAUAUCAAAGAGGCCACGGAGAGCCCAGAGGUGACUCCGCAAGGAACGGAGGAAACAGAGGUUGCCCUUGACGACCACAGAGUUCGUGUUCUCUUUGAGCGAUGUCUGAUCGCCUGUGCUCUCUAUGAGGAAUUCUGGACCAGGUAUGUUCAAUACCUGGAGACGCGCAGCGUGGAUGAGGUUCGGGCUGUGUACAAGCGAGCCUGUCUUCACCUGUCUUCCAGUCCGAACCUUCACAUGCGAAGGGCCACCUUCGAGGAGAAACAUGGUGACCUGGCCGAGGCUCGGCGGGUACUGGAGGCCCUGGAUAAAAACAUGCCAGGUUUGGCCGUAGUUCGUCUCCGCAGGGCUGCUUUGGAGAGGAGGGCGGGCAAACUCGAGCAGUCGGAAGCUCUCCUCCAGGAGGCGGUGAGCCAAUCGAAAGAAAAGCCCACCUUGCACGCCUUCUACUCCAUCAAGCUUGCUCGGCUGCUGCUGAAGCUAGGGAGAAACCCCGACAGAGCUCGCAGCGUUUUACAGGAAGCACUGGAGAUCAGUCCGGGUAAUGACAAGCUGCACCUGAACCUGCUGGAGUUGGAGGCAUCAAGUGGGCCGUGCUCUUCGGCUGAUGCGGUGCAGGAGUGUGUGACACGAGCCCUGGCAGCGCCUCUUGCACCGCACACCAAACUCCUCCUCUCGCAACGCUGCCUCCAGUUUGUGGAAGAGUACAGCAACUCUGUCCAGAGUGUGCUGUCGGUUUACGAAGAACACCAGAAACUCCUCAAAGAGCUGGGCGGGACAAAGAGAGAAGCGGAAAACAAAGACGAGGACCGAGAGAAGGUGAUCAAAAGCGAUGACGCCCCAAAAGAUGAUGCAUCGGCACAAGUUCCACCCACUGAUCCCCAGCUCCCAAUCACUGUUCCGCCUUCCCCGGCGAUGACCAUGGAUGUGAACGCCCAGUCCAGUGGCUAUGGCGGAUACAGCAACUGGUAUCAGCAACCACAAUACAGCAGUUACGGCUACCAAAACACCUGGAACUACAACCACGGAUACUAUCCACCCAGCUAAAAGUUGCUAAGAAGAACUAAACGAGGCACAAGGACUAAAAAAAAAGAAACUGAAAGAGCCAGUCCUCCCAAGUCAAAAUGUUUCCCAGCAUUUUAUCCUAUUCACUCUGCCUCUCCUGGCUUUCUGUGCACAAGGUGCAAGGGGGUCAGGCUCCAUGUUGCAAGGCGGCCAGAGGAAACUGACACAACUGUGGGUCGCUCGUUAGAUCUCGACUUGUUUUCUGCAGAUCUAUUUUUAUAUUUGCAUAGAGGCAUUCAGUUUUGUUUGAAAGUUAUAUAAUGGACUUUGCAGGCCAUCUAUUAUGGGGGAUUCUGUACGGUCCUGCAAAGUACACAUUUGUUCCCUGAUGUACAUAGUGUUUCAAAAGCAUCUCGUGGGCCUGCAUCAACAUGUUUGGAUCUUGAAAUGCUCCAUUUGAGGCCAAAUGAAUUUUGACUUCAUCCACAUGCUGUUUUGUGAAAAAAAAAAUUAUAUAUUCAAUUGCA